AUGGUAGCAAACUAUGAAUUGUACGCUCAUUUCUCAGUUUCCAACGAAGCAGCGUUAUAUAAACUCUUUUUGGUGGGACCUGCCACGGGGACUCUAGGUGAGAGGAUGAUAGAUACUGGAAGUUCUAACGCUGACCUCUCUGGGAUGAGCUUCACGACCCAAAACAGAGAUAAUGAUAGAAUGAGUAGAGGUAACUGUGCUAGGAGUUACAAAGGGGGCUGGUGGUUUAACAACUGCCACGAUGCCUUUCUCAACGGUCAGUGGUCCCCGGGAUACUUGGACAGACCUUGGACUCCAACUAUUCAGAAUGGGACAUCAGUGAGGGAGACGGUGAUGAUGAUCAGACGUCACUAG